GCUGUGCUCAAACAUCAGCAGACGACCAGUCAAGCCAGUCAUCUUGGAGUCGCAACAACAAACGACGUAUGAGCGCUCACCGGCACCCCCAAAUCUCUCUACACCACCAAACCCCCUUUCUUUAUCACGAGGUCACGCAGCGAUGCAUGCAUGCAAGUUUUGAUUUGGCUUGGCUUGGUUGGUUGGCUUUGCGGAUCGGACAUGCUGCUUUUUUACAGAGAAGGGAGGGGAGGAGAAGCUUGCCUCUCGCGGGGAGAGAGAAGAAGAAGGAGCAAAAAGCUGGCGGCCAAAUUCCACAUCCCCUUCGGCUUUUCCUCUUUUUCCAAUUGCUUUUUCGUAGUCUGUUCAUACCGCGACAGUCGCACCAUCCACGUCGGCGGAACGUGGACUCUCUUGAAGAGACCAGCGAGGCCCACAGUUGCAAGCCGGAGAGCAAGAAAAAGUUACAACAACGAUUCCGCUGACGGAGGAAGUGAUGACAGCAGUUUGGAACGAGAUGGAUGGAAUGGGGCGGGGCAGGGCAACGCGGGAUGCGAAUUGGAGUCUGAGAGUACAUCGACACAUGGCAAAGAGAAAGAGCGAAACACGACGAGUCUCGCGUGGAGGGCGCUCAUUCUUUCCGCCGGCGAACUGCUUUUCUUUUUCUCCUUCUUCCUUUUUACUUUUUUUCUUUUCGCUUUUGCGCUGGUGAGGAGGGAGAUGAUGCCGGCGGGAUCCUGGCUUUUAUGCUCGCUCGCGCGUGCAUGGCUCUUUACCUACCUACUUUAGAUAGAUCGAUGAAAGGGGUGAGCGCCCUCUUUACUUGUUUUGCUUCUGAAAUGCUUUUCCAGUUAGAUGUGGCGGGUAGCGGAGCAAGUCUUGUGUUGCCUGCCUGC